AAUCCCCAGCCGUAGCCGCUGCCUUAUGAACAAGCAACAAAGCGAAGCGCCCUCCCCCUCGCAUCCCAGACUGUGGAGCCGGCCGACACCGCUGCAGGGGCCGCCGCGGGGAUGCCGAGCGCCGGCGCCGCCGCUCUCUGCGCGCUGCUCGGCUGAAGGCGCACAGGACUCAAUUAUACUGGAAUUGUCAACUCUACCAUUUUAUGUACACGUUUCUCUUCCACUAUGAGAAGAUCAGUUGUAUUGCACAUUUGUCUGGCUUUCUGUAGCCUUCUACUUCUCAACUUUGCCACGCAAUGUCUGGCUUUCCCCAAAAUGGAAAGAAAGGCGAUAGCACUUGUUCAUGAAAAAGGAGGGCAGUCUGAGAGAAUAGACACAGAUGACCUAGAGAAAAACUCCGUUACUUCAAAGUACACUCCUCAACCCAUGGUCUCUGAAGAUCCAGUGAGAGUGUUAGUGGCACCAGCAGCAACGCCAUUAAAUAAAGUAUUUCCUUUUAACAAAGAAACCCAUUUUAUAGGAGCUGGGCUCACGCAACCUCAUAGCCCUGGUGUUGACACUGCUACUGAACCAGUGGUCCCAGCCGGGAAAGAAGUGUUUGGUUCUAGCCAGCCAGAGAGAGCAUCUCCUGAAAGCCAGCUUUCCAAGGCCAUGGUAACCAACCCCAUCACUGCGAUGGCUCUGAAUAUUGAUGAGAAGGAGGAACCCUUCAGUAGUGCCAACAUUCAGCCCAUUGUUGAAGGGACCCCAGAAGCAACACAAGGUUUUCAGAAGUCUGUAGAUAAUCAGUUAUUUACAACUGAAAGUCAGGAAGGAGUUAGUCUGGGACAUUCACCUUCAUCCCCUAUGAAUACUAAAAACAUACUAACCACCAAUCCAAGGACUGAGACAUUUGAAGCAGACACAGAACACAGGACAAUUUCUUUUCCUGGUGCUGAGCCCACAGCAGGCACUGCGCCUGGAAGCCUCAUGCCUGAUGUGCAGAAACCUUCGCAGAUGACAACUGAUGAUACCCAGGCUACUGCCACCAAGAAUGGGCUUGCAACAUCCGAGGACACCCUGAGUGUUGAGCUGGAAACUGACAGCCUGCUGAGAGCCCCAGAAGUCACAGUGAUUGUUGUCGGCACAGCUGUCCCAGCGGCCACUGUUGUAAGUGAUGAGUGGGAUGACACCAAAUUGGAGAGUGUAAGCCAGAUAAAGACCCCAAAGCUGGGAGGCAAUACAGAGACUGGAAUGGAAAUGUCUCAGACAGCCCGAGUGACAGAUAAUGGUAUGGAAGGGGGCGAAGCUUUGACUGAGGCUGCGCACAUGGCUCUAGGGCUGCCUGAAGGGCAAACAUACACAGGGACAGCCUUGCCAAUAGCACACGGGAAUGGGAGAUCCUCGGCUGUCACUGAGCAAAGUUCCUUUUCUCCCACAAGUCUGAUGGAAGAUAUGAAAGUCUCUGUUGUAAACCUGUUCCAAAAUACUGCAGACUUCAUAGAAUCCACCAAGGAAAACCAUGCCAUGUUUUUCUCAGAGACCACUGUUUCCAUCUCACAAGAUGAGUCUGAGGCUUAUCAACCACUGGGAAAUACAUUUAAAGACAUCAUCACUCAAGAGAUGACAACAGCCAUUCAAGAAACAGAAGCCACUUUAUCACUGGUGACACAAGAGCAGCAGGUUUCUACCCUGGAAGUUACCAGAGAAAAUGGUGAGAAUGAGGAAGGAGAGGAGUCCCCCUCUGCCACAUCUGAUGUUCCCGGUGUUACUCAGCUGUUGAGAAGAUGGGAGCCUCUUGCCACUACAGUUUCAACUACAGCUGUACCUCUGUCUUUCGACGUUACUUCCACAGCGGAAGACCUAACGGACACAGCCACAGGGCCCAACGAGGAGUUGUUCACACCCGUUUUGGGCUCUCCUGUGACACCCCCUGGAGUAAUGGAGGAGGCCAGCCUUUCCCCAGCACUUCCUGAUUUUGAGGCAUCCUCUGAGAGGAGGACCGUUGUCCCACCCGUUAGCCGCGUGAAUACGGCUGCCUCAUAUGGCCUGGACCAGCUCGAAUCUGAAGAGGGAGAAGACGAGGAUGAAGAGGAUGAGGAAGAAGAAGAUGAAGAAGAGGAAGAUGAGGAAGAAGACGAAGAAGAUAAAGAUGCAGACUCCCUGGAUGAACGCUUGGAUGGGGACCCUGAGCUCCGUGGGUUUACUCUCCCUGGCAUCACAUCCCCAGAGCCUGGCCUAGAGCAGGACCAUGUGGACCUCCUGGAAGGAGCCACCUACCAGGUUCCGGAUGCCAUCGAGUGGGAGCAGCAGAAUCAGGGCCUGGUGAGAAGCUGGAUGGAAAAACUAAAAGACAAGGUAAGAGAAAUAUUUUCUUUCUUCAGAUUUCCUUUAGAGGGCAUGGCUUUGGCAAAUAAAAGAUUUUUCAGAGUGAUGGAGCUUUAAUUCGUUAUUCCGAUU